AAAUAUAUUCAGUAGUGAAAAAAAAAACUUCGAUUAUGCUGAAUACGAAUAACAAUUGACUGAUACUGAAAAAGUUAAGGGAUUAAGUUGGUGUAAAAAAAAAGAAAAAAGCAUGAUGAUGGCCAGUGCGAAGUUGGUGCGGGAGUGCAGCUCGGACCUGAGCUCCGACGUGCGGUCGCUGUCCAUGUCUUCUACGGAGGAACACGACUCCACCACCACGGAAUCCGAGUUUUCUGAGGAGGAGAAAGAGUAUGAGCUGGAUGACCUACAAAUCCUUAAAACCAUAGGCACUGGUACAUUCGGACGGGUCUGUUUGUGUCGCGACAAGGCCGCGGACGAGUACUUGGCUAUGAAAAUCCUGUCCAUGGCAGACGUCAUUCGCUUGAAGCAAGUGGACCAUGUCAUGAACGAGAAGAGCAUCCUCGCGGAGAUCAACCAUCCAUUCAUAGUCAAUUUACGGUGGUGGACGCACGAUGACUCGUGUAUUUACAUGCUGUUCGACUACGUUUCUGGUGGAGAGCUGUUCACAUAUCUGAGGAGUGCAGGACGCUUUAGCAAUACUACUGGUAAUUUUUAUGCCGCGGAGAUAGUGUCGGCUUUGGAGUAUCUUCACGCGCGGAACAUCGUGUACCGGGACCUGAAGCCCGAGAACCUGCUGCUGGCGAAGGACGGGCAUUUGAAGAUCACGGACUUCGGGUUCGCGAAGAAGCUCACGGACCGGACGUGGACUCUCUGCGGCACUCCGGAAUAUUUGGCGCCGGAAAUCAUACAGAGCAAAGGGCAUAAUAAGGCUGUGGAUUGGUGGGCAUUAGGAGUACUCAUUUACGAGAUGCUCGUUGGUUACCCGCCGUUCUACGAUGAGAACCCCUUCGGGAUCUACGAGAAAAUCCUCAACGGACGGGUGGAGUGGCCGCGGCACCUCGACCCUGUUGGGAAGGACAUUAUAAAGAAACUACUCGUACAAGACAGAACUAAGAGACUUGGAAAUAUGAAGUGCGGUUCAGAAGACGUAAAAAGACACAGGUGGUUCAAGAAUAUCGAUUGGGCCGAUGUUUUCUUGAAGAAAAUGCAGCCUCCCAUCAUGCCGACGGUGUCGUACGAGGGCGACACGUCCAAUUUCGACGAGUACACCGAGACGGACUGGAAGGCGGCGCGAGCGCUUGACCCCGACGAACUGAAGCUUUUCGCCAACUUCUGAUCUCCUGCGCAUAAGCAAUCCAAUGGAAACUGAUAGAAUCCUUGUAGUUCUCGCUACCAUACAUAGGUAUAUUAACCUGAUAGUUCCAAACGGAAAUUAUCGAUAUUCGUUUCCUAAUAGUUUUUAUUAUAACGGUAGAUAGGUAUGUACUUAAUUUAAGAGCUUAUAAAAGUAUUUACUGGUGUAACAUGUUAAG